AUGCAUGUUGUUAUGUUGCAGGAGUGGCGAGGCCCCCCGCUAACGUGUGAAGUGUGUGGCAAAAAUUUUACUGGGCGCAACCGAAGACAAAACCUACAGCAGCAUCAGAUGAUCCACACUGGGAUCAAGCCUUUCUCUUGUCCUUACUGUUCUCACAGUAGUAACAGAAAAGGCAACAUGGAUAUGCAUAUCCUAAGAGUACACGGAGAGGUUCUGAGGGAUACAAAUGAAAGCCCAUCCCUUCAGCUGCCUCCUGGGGAUGUUGGGAGCCAUGGUGACGUAAUACUCUGCCCAGUGUGCGGGAAAGGGUUCCAGGGGCGCAGUCGGCGGUGGAAGCUGGACCGCCACAUGCUCCUCCACACUGGGGAGAAGCCCUACCAGUGUCCCUACUGCUCACAUCGAGCUAAUCAAAAAAACAACUUAAGGAUGCAUAUCCGCGCACGGCAUGAGGAAUGGCCCUCCCCCCCUGGAAUCUCUUCCACAGGAAUGCCAUAA